AUAAGUGUACCACCCACACCGCAUAAUAAUCCACCACAAUGGCAUUGCAUUUGUUGAGAAAUUCAGUCGAUAAACUCGGCUCAAGAACAAUCACAAAAGGCAUUUUCACAAAAUCAGCGCCUGGACUUUCACCCAGCAUCCAUGUUUCGGCACAACGAGACUACCCACAAGCCGCUGAAUUGCCCCUUCCGCCGAAUAUUGACCCCGCGGAGACGAUGCGCUUCUCCCCGCAGCGUUCGCGGGACAUCUCAGGCACUGCAAUUCUCUGUCAUGAGUCCAUGCAGCUGCCACGGGUGGAUGUGACGCUAGACAGUGGCUCAGUGGGGGCAAUGGAUCCUCAUGUGGAGCAGUACGAUUGCACAGGAGCUGUUCAUCUGAGCUGCUCAAUGCAGAGCAAUGUGCCGCAACCAUUCAGUGGUGGCAGCAAAUCGAUGCAUCUCAACAUGCCGGGUGGGCAGUGGAGUCAAUUCACCAAGUUCACAGCAGCUGACCUGCAGGAUCAUCACUAUAUGACCCUCAGGAGGGAUCUCAAAGGUACGUCCAGUACAAAGAGAUUCAUUGCGCCCACACUAACACACAGAGUGCAUCAGUAUGUGCAUUUGCUAGUGCCGCUAACGCAUGAGCGACAAUCUGUGAGAUUUUGUGCAAGUAGGGAGGCUCCCCCAAAGGGGCCCACUGAUGGUGUAGAGGCCCCACCGAAGGAGUUGUCGCGAAGGGAAAAGCUAAAGGUUGCUGUUAAAGAUUACGGAGCAACAGUAAUUGUUUUCCAUGUCACCAUCUCUCUAGCUUCUUUGGGCCUCUUCUACCUUCUCGUCUCCAGCGGAUUAGACGUAAAGCAAAUUUUAUCAACCCUCAACUUGGGGGAGAGCGCACUGGCGGGGAAGGUGGCAACGGAAGCCAGCACGUUUGUCGUGGCCUAUGCAAUACACAAAGUCUUUGCCCCAGUCCGCAUUAGCAUUACACUCGGUGCUACGCCCUUUAUUGUGAGAUAUUUAAGGAAGCGUGGAAUACUAAAAGUUAAAACGCCGUAAUUCAUUAUAUUUUUGCAUUGUAUUUAAAUUUAUGCUGGCACAUAUCUUUUUAAUAAAUUUAUGAUAAAAAAUGAAAGAA